CAGUAACAACCAGCGCCCUUCCCAGUGCUCCCAGUUUGUCCCAGUUUGUCCCAGUUCCCUCCCACACCCCGAACUCUCGCGAUAUCUGCUCCUCCCGGGUGCUCCGGGCUCCCCGCGGAUGGGAGGAAAUGACGUUAGGAGGCGGGGGCGGAAGUGACGUCAGGAGUCAGGAAGCGGCGGCGGCAGCGCGGGAGCCGCGAUGAACCUGGAGCGCGUCUCCAACGAGGAGAAGCUGGAGCUGUGCCGGAAAUAUUACCUGGGUGGGUUCCUGCUGUUGCCGUUCCUGUGGUUGGUGAACGUGGUUUGGUUUUUCCGGGAGGCGUUCCUGGCCCCGCCCUUCGGGGAACAGCCGCGCAUCAAACGCUACGUGCUGCGCUCGGCCGUGGGCGCGGCGCUCUGGGGGCUGGGCCUGGGCGUGUGGGUGGGGCUGUUCCAGAGCCGCCGCAGCCAAUGGGGAGCGCUGGGCGACGCCCUCAGCUUCACUCAGCCAAUGGGAGAGCCCUGAGCCGGGGCGGGGCUGCCCACCGCCAAUGGGAGAGCAGCGAGCAGCGAUGACGUCAUCACCACCGGGAAGCCCCGCCCCUUUUUCCCCAAAUAAAGGCAUCGACCACACCCAAAUAUGG